AUGUCCGAGCUCAAGAAGCCAGUCCCCCUCCCCUUCGCCUACACCUUUGCGUCUGGUGCCAUCGCAGGAUGCACCGAGCUGCUCCUUCUUUACCCUCUGGACGUGGUCAAGACCCGUCAGCAGCUCGAGACCGGUAAAAGCGUCAACAUGAUCCAGGUGUUCAAGAACAUUAUUGCGGAGGAAGGCCCGAGAAGACUCUACAGGGGUAUCUUGCCUCCUCUCAUGCUUGAAGCCCCUAAGCGUGCCGUCAAGUUCGCUGCUAAUGGCUCUUGGGGAUCUCUCCUCACCGACAACGGGCAGCGCCCCACUACCCAGUCCAUUGCCAUCCUCACCGGAUGCUUGGCUGGUGCGACCGAGUCUGUCGUCGUGACGCCUUUCGAGCUUGUCAAGAUUAGGAUGCAAGACAAGAGCUCGACCUUUGCGGGCCCCAUGGACGUUGUCAAGCAAGCUCUCAAGAAAGGAGGUCCUUUGGCGCUCUACCAGGGUAUGGAGUCUACGUUCUGGAGACACUGGUGGUGGAACGGUGGUUACUUUGGUUCCAUCUAUGCCGUCAAGGGAUUGCUUCCCAAGGCUACCAGCAAAAAGCAGGAGCUCGGUAACAAUCUCAUCGCGGGCACCGUAGGUGGUUUCGUCGGUACCUCAUUGAACACGCCUUUCGAUGUUGUCAAGUCUCGAAUCCAACUCCACGGCACUGGCGAAUGGGCUUACCCCGCUCUCAUCAAGGUCGCCCAGAAGGAGGGUCUUGCUGGCUUGUACAAGGGUUUCGCCCCCAAGGUUCUGCGGUUGGCACCCGGUGGUGGUGUCUUGUUGCUCGUUGUCGAGGCUUUGUCUACCGUGUUCAGAGGAUACCUCGGUCCCCCUUACGUGUAA